GAAGAGAAUGAAGUCUGUUCAUCGUAAUUUGUGCCCUCUAUAGCACGAAUCUCUUCUUUCUCUCCCUCCCUCAACCUUCACACUCCGAGACAGACACUGAGACAGCGACAUCUUUUGUUAGUGUUAGGUUUCACUUCCUAUGACAUUGCAAACCAGACAACCCUGAUCCUAAUCCUAAUCCCACCAUCCUCUAUUCCCAUUUGACCGCAAUGGUAGCUGGCAAGGUCAAGCUCUCAAUGGGCUUCCCCAAGUCCCUGGCGCCCCCUACUCCUCCGCAUUCCACCCCCGGCAACUCCUCCUUCACGCGCUCUUUCGGCGCAUACUUCUCACGCUCCUCCGCUCAGGUUCAGCCCCGCCCCUCCGACAUCCUCGACCUCCUCCGCCUCGUGGAGGACCUUCGCGACAGAGAGUCUCGCCUCAAAACAGAGCUUCUUGAACACAAGCUCCUCAAGGAAACCGUGACCAUCGUCCCCCUUCUCGAGAACCAGAUUUCCGCAAGUGACGCGCAGCUUGAAAUCAAUGCCAAGAAAAUGGAACAAGUGGAGGCAGAGAAUGAGAAACUGAGGAACGAGCUCGAAGAACUAAAGCUCCGAAUGGAAGAAGAGAAAACAGAGAACAUGAGAAAAACUAAGGCGUUGGAGGAUGAGAUAGCGGAGCUCAAUAAAACGGCGUCGGAUCCCGUUUGCAAGGCGUUGGUAAACGACGAGGAUUCUUCGCUUGAAUGCAAGUCGUUUGAAAACGACGAGCAUUUGCAAACGCCUUUGGAGGUGCCAGCGAGGCCAAAUUUUAUCAAGAGUUUGAAAAAAACGGCGUUGGAUCAUACAAGUGUGAACCACAAGCAGCUUGUUGUUGUUGUUGCGGAUUUUAAACCAGAGGUGGCGGAAAGUGAAAGACCGCGUCGUGACUCGGAGGAACUCGCUGAUUCUGCCGAGUCGAGUUUAACCAGGUCACGUGCGCCUCGUGUUCCCAAACCGCCGCCGAGACGGUCGUUGUCUUCUUCGACUCUGCUUUCUUCUAAGAAUGGCAAUUUCAAAAUGGAGCAAGUGAUUUCGCAACCUCCGAGGGUGGCGCCGCCCCCGCCUCCUCCUCCUCCCCGGGCUGCGUCUAAGUCUGCUCCGCCUCCUCCGCCACCGCCGCUUAAGGGGAGUAGGCAGGUUACGGCGAAGGUGAGGAAGAUACCGGAAGUGGUGGAGUUCUACCACUCGUUAAUGAGGAGGGAAUCGCAGUCCCGGCGGGAAUCAGUCUCCGGCGAUGUGGAAGUGCCGCCUACGACGGCGAAUCCACGUGACAUGAUCGGCGAGAUUGAGAACCGUUCAUCUCACCUGCUCGCAAUAAAAACAGAUGUUGAAACACAAGGAGACUUUAUCCGAUGCUUAAUCAAAGAAGUGGAGGGUGCUGCAUUUACAGACAUUGAAGACGUUGUUCUCUUUGUUAAAUGGCUUGAUGACGAGCUUUCUUAUUUGGUGGAUGAACGAGCAGUGUUGAAACACUUCGAUUGGCCAGAGCAGAAGGCCGAUGCCCUGCGUGAGGCUGCAUUCGGGUAUUGUGAUCUGAAGAAGCUAGAAUCUGAGGCUUCUUCGUUUCGUGAUGAUCCUCGGCAGCCAUGUGGUCCAGCCCUUAAGAAGAUGCAGGUUCUCUUUGAAAAAUUAGAGCAUGGGGUUUUCAACAUCUCUAGAAUGAGAGAAUCAGCAACAAAUAGAUACAAAGUCUUCCACAUACCUGUCCAUUGGAUGCUUGAUAAUGGUUUUGUGAGCCAGAUGAAGCUGGCAUCUGUGAAAUUAGCCAUGAAGUACAUGCGGAGAGUCUCUGCUGAGCUUGAGACAGGUGGUGGUGGUGGUCCUGAAGAAGAGGAGAUCGUUGUCCAAGGAGUUAGAUUUGCAUUUCGAGCACAUCAGUUUGCUGGGGGGUUUGAUGUGGAGACAAUGAGAGCAUUCCAAGAAUUGAGAGGUAAAGCGAUGUCAUGCAAUCUUCAAUGUCAUAGCCAGCAACAGAAAUUCUUUUGCAGGUCUGCAACCUGCUAGUCAUGAUGGAGCAAACUCAGCUUCAGAAAAAAUAGUAGCACCAAUUUUGCUGUAUAGAUAGUGACAUUUUGCUUGUGAAUAACAAUAGGGCUAUGUCUGGUUUGCUAGUGGGGAACUCCAAACUCAGUUUGGAAAGAAAAAUGAGUUUGACAUGUUUGAUUUUUUCCCAAAAGUAUAUUGGAAUACUUUUUCAAACUCAGUUUACAAAUUUAAGUUUGAUCCAAACUUAAGUUUACAAACUAAAAUUCAAACAUGCACUCGAAUGACCCUCAUCUUACCGGGUGCAAUCAUAAUUCAUCCAUUCAUUAAAUUAUUAAUGAACGACUGGGAAAGGGAAACGAGACAUGCACUCAACCAGAAACACCAAUUGUUUCCUCUCGUUCACGUUGGUGUUGCUAUUCCACCAAAACCACUUCCUUAAUACUAGUGUCUUUUUAUU